AUGACUUACAGGGUGUGUGUAUCAAGUGAGGAUGGUGGAGAGUACUGCGGCAUUUUAGACGACAUUAUUGAACUGGUCUACACUGGUCCCAAAAAAAAGUACAAGACUAUUUUUUUUAAGUGUAGUUGGAUGGAUUGUGGUAGGGGAAUGAACAUACAUGAACAGUACAAGCUUGUCGAAGUGAAUCAUACUAAGAAAUACCCAACAAGAUCAGUGGUUGAUGCUCCGGUGGACUUAGAGUUCUUGCAGGCACCAUCCCCACAAUUACAUGCAACACUUUGCCCACCAAAUGAUAUUCCAGACUAUGUCCAAGAUGAUGAUGAUGAGGAAGAUGAUGAUGACUUUGUUAUCUCGAGCGAUGAAAAUGAUGAAUCUAGCAUCAACUCCAGUGAUAGUGACGAGGAUGAUGAUAUCGAUGUGAUCAUGGUGGGCAGUAAAGACACAGGUAAACGAAGAAUGCACAUCGACUCUUCAGAUGAUGACAUUGAGGAUGCACAAAAUUUGGAUAAUACUCAAGAGCCGACUUCCAGCUCAUCACGAGGUCAGACACAGGAGCGUUCAUAG